AUGGCUUUGGUUCUUGCAGCUUUGUGGGCAUGGAGUUUAUGCUACAAAGCCGUUAUAUCUUAUAACUCCAAAAAGUACAAACCCCAAGACGUGAGCAUCACCGAGUCGACCUUCACCGAGUGCUUGCGUCUCUGGCUUGGGCCUAAUGCGCGGGAGAUCGUCAUCGUGACUGUGAAGCGGAACAGAGACCGCGUCGAGCGGCUGGUUGAGCCUCUCAAGGAAAAUGCCGACAGGGUUGUCAUCCUCUGCGCGCCACUGGCCAACAAACGCAUUCAGUUGGUGGUGGGCGUCAAGGCUGCUAGAGGCAGCAUUCUCGCCCUUGUGGACGACGACGUUUACUGGCGGGCCGAAGGUGUUCUCCCCUACCUCUUAGCUCCGUUCGGGGAUACCAAGGUCGGCACGGUUGCCGGCAUACAAAGUGCCGAAGUCCCGCCCGAGCGUCAGAGCUCUAGAGUUAUCACGGCCUGGGAAGCCACUUCGACGUUUGACCUGUGCCAGUGGAAGGCUUCCCGAGAGGUGCUUUUCGCAGCAGACGGAGGCUGCUGGUGUUUGUCGGCACGAACGUUGCUCAUACGUGCCAGCAUUCUACAGGACCCGUCCUUCAUUAAAGCCCACACGCAAGAGGUCAUCGGCCGUAGGAUGGUGAAUACUGCUGACGACGUCGUCCUAACCGGGUGGGUAUUUGAUCGCGGAUGGAAAGUGUCCAUCCAGAAUGUGCUCGAAGCCGAGAUCACCACCAACAUCACGCAUGAUCACAGGUUCGCCUGGCAAAUUCUUCGCUGGGACAGAGGGAACUUUCGCACCUUUCUGGGGUACAUCUCCGUGUAUCCUGGAUUCCGAAAACUGAUGCAGAGACAUCUAUACACCACGUUCGAAAUGAUUGAGCGGCUCGCUCGACCCAUUUGGGCCUUGGCAUACGCUGGGGUUUGGCUACAGACUCUUCGCGCAGCACCUUGGAUCGCAGCAUUCCUCAAAAAGUAUCCAUAUUGCAGACGUCAGGUGUGGGCGUUCCUGCUCAUGGAUUUUCUUGGACCUAUUGUGGACGUCUACGUCUACUUUACGAUGAACAACGGUAGUAAGUUGACUAGGACAGCGGACACUUAA